AUGUCUUUCAGAACACUUAAGAUUCGAUUUAUUCUUAUUUUGAUUUUUAUGACUCUAGUUAUGACCUUUAUUAAAUAUGAAAAAUCUUAUAAUGUUAAUAAUUUUGUGACUAAUGAAGAAAAAUAUUUAACCUACCUACCCCAUGAUGGUUUCAAUAAUCAAAGAAUUUCAUUAGAAAAUGCGAUAUUCUUGGCAUGGUUUUUAAAGAGAACUCUGAUAAUUCCACCUCUUCUUCUUUUCGAAGGAAUUGCACCAGCUAUGGGCCGGCCAUAUAAUAAAACAUAUAAUUUUUUAACGCAAUUUUUACGUCCUGAUAAAAACCAAUUUAAAUACUGUUCGAAAAGCAGAUCAGGAUGUGAUAUUGCUUUUUGUUUUAGAGAAGGUAAAAAGACUUGCUUAAUGGUAAAUUACACUAUGUAUAAUUGGGAAGAAUUAAUAGACUUUACAUUUUUAAAGAAUCAUAUUAAAUACAUUCAUCGUCAAGAUUUUGAAUUUAAUCACUUAUUGAAAUCACUUAGCAUUUAUGAUAGUUCAGAAGUGUAUAAUGUGACUAAUGACAAUGUUCGAUAUCAACAACGAUAUUAUGAUGAUCCUACGUCAACAAUUGAGCUCGAUAAUUUCAAAGAACGAGUGAAUUUAAUCGAUUUAAGCAAAAGAACCGAAAAAUUAAUACAUUUUGCAAGUGUGUUUUCAGAAACUAGAAUUGUUCGAGAAUUAUCUGAAAGUAUUGAAUUUUGGAAUAAACUAAUAAGGGAAAUGUUACCGAACAAUCCACUUUUAAUUUAUACUGUAGAUAAAAUAUUUAAUAAAAUUGGAGGAAUAAAUAGUUAUAUUGGUGUACAUGCAAGACUAAAAGAUGGCUUCUUUAUCAAAAAUCGAAAGAAUACAAUAAAAGGUCUCAUCGAAAGAAUUCAAGAAGGUUUUGAAGAUGACGUUUGUUUAACAAAAAAAAUAUAUCUGGCAAUAGAUGUAAAACGUAAUCACCCUUCCCUUAAGCCAUUCUUUCAAACAUUCUCAUGUAUUUACGUAUUAGAUGAUUUUAAUGAUUUUUUAGAACCUUUAAAAUUUUUAAGAAAUCCUAGAGAUGGUAUGAUAUUAUAUAAAUUUCUAAUACCGUUAGUAGAUUUGCUAGUAGCAUCAAAAGGUAGUAGAUUUUAUGGAUCUAUCAAUAGCACUUUUUCAGAUUAUGCUCAACGAUUAAAUGAAGCGUGGAUCAGAUGA